GUUAUUAACAGGAAAUCCCAUGCAAAAACUGUCCUACUCUUGACUUCCCUGUUGAUUUUACAGCUAAAUUUGAACAAUUUUGGACAAUCAUAAUUAUUUCAACAUUUAAGAAAAACUGCAUCUAUUUUUAAAUUAAAAGUGAACAGCUAAAGAGGGUAGCGAGCGCAUCUUCAUCUUGCCUGGUAAUAUUUAUACGUAGUGUAGAUCAAUCGUAGAUAUUUACGAAGCGUAUUGAAAGAACAUACUUUGAGGACAUAGAAAAUUCAGAAAUUAAAAAUCAAAAAUUUGAAAGGUAUGUCAAAAAGAUAAGAAAGCCCGAAAUCGAAAAUAAUAUUUAUAAUUUUAGUCAUGGGAAUUGAUUAUUAUGGUGUUUUACAAAUUCCAAGAACAAGUGAUGAGUUGGAAAUAAAAAAGGCUUACAGAAAUCUGGCACUAGAAUUUAAUAGUAACAGAUGCAAGCAAGAAAAUUCAAAACAAGUUUUUUCUUUAAUUGGUGAGGCCUAUGAGGUUCUUAGCGAUCCUUUGCGAAGAGCGGUAUAUGAUCAAUAUGGAGAAGAAGGAUUAAAAAAGGGGGUCCCUGGUCCUAAUGGAUAUAUAUCUGGCUAUCACUACCACGGCGAUCCAAUUCUUACUUACAAAGAUUUUUUUGGGACUUCUUCGCCCUAUGCUGAUUUAUUGGAUGUUUUAAAAAACCCACCAAAACUGUGUAAAAUUACAAGUGGAAUAGAAGUAUGCAAAAAACAGCCACCUAUACAGCAUUCUCUUUAUUUAACGUUACACGAAGUAUAUUUUGGCGGCGUGAAGAAAAUGAAAAUUCACAGAUUAACUUUUAUCAACGAAGAAUGUACUAAAACUGAUGUUCGGGAAAAAAUUUUAACUAUUCCUAUAAAACCGGGAAUUAGAGCAGGGACCGAAAUUAUUUUUCCAGAGGAGGGUGAUCAAAAUCCUGCACAUAUUCCAGCUGACGUUAUAUUUACUAUUGAAGAUAAAGAGCAUGAAGUAUUUUCAAGAAGAGACGACGAUCUUAUAUUUGUCACAAACAUAUCUUUAGAAGACGCAUUAACGGGCUUAGUUGUUACUGUUUGCACUAUUGACCAUAGGACCAUUAGAGUUCCAAUAACAGAUAUAAUAAGUCCAGUAUAUGAAAAAAUAGUUGAAAAUGAAGGAUUGCCGAUACUAGACAAAUAUCCAGAAAAGGGAGAUUUGAUUAUCAAAUUUAAUAUAAUUUUUCCUAUAUAUUUGCCUAGAACGUGUAAAGAUAUGCUGAAAAAGGCAUUCAGUCUCGCAAAGUCUGCCGGUGGACGAGAUCAAUACGAAUCUAUAAACAAGUUAGUGUUAACGGACAAAAUGUUAAGGGUUGAUCCAGAAGAACAGUUUCCACCAUUGUAAUGUUAUGAAAUAAAGUUUGCUUUCAAUAUAAUAUUUAUAAAUCCAAUUAAUUUAGUAUUUAUUAAAAUAUCUUUAGUAAUAUUAGACGCUUAAAUACCUAAAGAAGCCGUAAAACAAAAGGAACAUAAAUAUUAAGGGAACAAAGGCAGCAUAAUU